AUGGGAGAACAAUGGCUGAGUUCAUCAAUGGUGGCGCCGUGUCUGUUGUUGCUUCUUUUCGGUAUCGUCGGGGGCGGCGGUGUUCUUCGAGUCCAUGGCCAGGCCGAUAACUUAGGUUUCUUAAGCAUCGACUGCGGGCUGCCGGAGAGCGCCGCCGGGUACGUGGACAACGUCACCAAGCUGAGCUUCGUGUCGGACGCCGGCUUCAUCGACGCCGGCACCAACUACAACAUGUCGACCGAGUACAUCACGCCGUCGAUGGGCAAGAGCUUCCACAACGUGCGCAGCUUCGGUGGCGGUGCCAGCGCCCGGAACUGCUACACACUCCGGAACCUCGUGUCCGGGCUCAAGUACCUCAUCCGGGCCAAGUUCAUGUACGGCAACUAUGACGGCCUGAACAGAGUGCCAGUGUUCGACCUCCACCUGGGCGUCAACUACUGGACGACGGUGAACAUCACCGACGCCGACACGCCGGUGAUCGUGGAGGUGAUCGCCGUCGUCCCCGGUGGCUCGGCGCAGGUGUGCCUCGUCAACACCGGCUCCGGCACGCCCUUCAUCUCCAGCCUCGACCUCAGGCCGCUCAAGAACUUGCUCUACCCGAUGGCCAACGCCACGCAGGGCCUCGUCCUCCUCGCCAGGGCCAACUUCGGCCCAAGCGACGGAAAACUCAUCAGGUUCCCCGACGACCCGCACGACCGUAUAUGGUUCCCGAUGAGCAAGCCAACGGAGUGGUCGGAGAUCACGACGCCGUUGAAGGUGCAGAACAUCGACAAUGACAACUUCGAGGCGCCGACGGCGGUGAUGCAGACAGCCAUCACGCCCAUCAACGCGUCGAGCCCCAUUGAGUUCUUCUGGGACGCCGAGCCCAGCGCCAACGACCCGGCGCCCGGGUACAUCUGCAUCCUGCACCUCUCCGAGCUGCAGCUGCUCCCGCCCGGCGCCGCGCGGCAGUUUUUCGUCACCAUCAACGGCCUGCUCUGGUACCCGCGCGGCUUCUCGCCGCAGUACCUCUACUCCAACGCCGUCUUCAACAGCAACGCGAACUACGGCUUCCACCAGUACAAUGUCUCGCUCAACGCGACUCCCAACUCCACGCUCCCGCCCAUCCUCAACGGCCUCGAGAUCUUCUCCGUCGUGCCCACCGCCGGUGUACCCACCGCCGCCCAGGACGUAUCUGCAAUCACGGCCAUCAGAGGCAAGUACCAGCUGAAGAAGAACUGGAUGGGAGAUCCGUGCGUGCCCAAGAGUUUCACGUGGAACGGACUGGGUUGCAGCUACGCCGUAUCCAUCCCACCAAGUGUCACAGGCUUGAAUCUAUCUGCGAGUGGUCUCAGUGGCAACUUGUCGUCUUCUUUUGCUAGUCUCAGAGGUUUACAGUACCUGGAUUUGUCACGCAAUAAUCUGACAGGCACAAUUCCUGACACCUUUUCACAGCUGUCAUCGCUCACACUUCUAGAUUUGACAGGCAAUCAGAUCAGUGGAUCAAUUCCUUCUGGCCUUCUGAAAAGAAUGCAAGAUGGCUCUCUAACACUCAGAUAUGGUAGCAAUCCAAACCUCUGCACCAACGGCGACUCAUGCCAGCCUCCGAAAAAGAAGAAAAGCUCUAAGGUUGCCGUGUAUGUUGCCGUUCCGAUUGCUGUACUGUUGGUGAUUGUGCUUCUGUCAGUACUAUUCCUUUGCAUGCUAAGAAGAAGACAAGGAACAACAUCAAGAAACAGCUUCAGGCCGCCAAACAAGGCGGGCAUCGCGCCGUCUCACUCUCACUCUCGGGUCAGCAAUGAACACAGCUCGUUGCGUCUUGACAAUCGCCGGUUUACGUAUGCUGAGCUGGAAGCUGUGACGAAUGGCUUCCGGCGUGAGAUUGGCAAAGGAGGGUUUGGGAGAGUCUACCUUGGCACCUUGGAGGAUAACACCCAGGUGGCUGUCAAAUUGCGGUCUGAAAAUUCAGAUCAGGGUGAACAAGAAUUCCUAGCAGAGGCUCAAACCUUGGCUAAGAUUCAUCACAAGAAUCUUGUGUCAUUGAUUGGAUAUUGCAAGGACAGGGAGUACAUGGCUCUUGUAUACGAGUACAUGUCUGAAGGAGCCCUACAUGGACAUCUUAGAGGGAGAGGGAACAAUUCUAGAUGUUUAACCUGGAGGCAGAGACUUCGUAUCGCACUGGAAUCCGCACAAGGGCUUGAGUAUCUGCACAAAGGAUGCAACCCACCUCUCAUCCACAGAGAUGUGAAGCCGGCAAACAUCUUGCUGAAUGCAAACUUGGAGGCUAAAAUAGCCGAUUUUGGCUUACUCAAGGCUUUCAAUAGUGGCAGUGAUACUCAUGUGUCCACGGAUAGACUGGUCGGCACAACCGGUUAUACUGCACCAGAGUACCUAUUAACAUAUCAGCUCACCAUCAAAAGUGACGUGUUUAGCUUCGGCGUAGUGCUGUUGGAGAUAGUCACAGGCAAACCACACAUCCUGAAUGACCCAGAGCGGACGAGCAUUACCCAGUGGGUGCAACGAUGUCUCGCCCGUGGCAACAUUGAGAGCGUGGUGGACACCCGCAUGAGUGGCGACUAUGAUGUUAACGGCGUGUGGAAAGCCGCCGACACAGCGCUUAAAUGCACCGCGCAGUUGCCGGAGCAUCGUCCCACGAUGACUGACGUUGUGGCACAGCUGCAGGAGUGCCUUGAUCUUGAGGCUGCCCGAUGUGACGCGAAUGGCGGGUUUUACUCCGCAGGGAGCGGUGGAAACCCGAGCGGAUAUAGUGGCUACGGCACUGAUAUUUCCACUGACGUGAGCCAGAGCAGCACUGGAUUUGAGAUGGAGCGUUUGGGUAGGGUGCCAACACUGCCUACUGGUCCAGAUGUGAGGUGAGGAAGAGGACUUGGACAAUCGAUUUUUCC